ACAGGCUCACAGGAACCUCAGGCUGCUCGCGCGACGCAUAGCGGACGCACGAGCGGCGGUGGGAGGAGGAUGGAGAUAACGAAGGAAUAGCGAACAAAAAAUAAAUUAAUAAAAAAUAAAUAAAAAAUACACCGCUCUUUCCAACUACACAUUCGCGCAACACGGCGAGGGGCCACAAUUGAGAUGUUUGAGGUCGAAGAGCUGAAUACCAAACUCCUUUCUUCUAUCAAGAGAUAGCCAGUCUGCAGGAUGGAGGCCCAUGUGGAAUGACACCAUCUCUUCCUCCUUGGGUGAUACACCAACAUUUGGAAAAAAUGCACAGCGUUGGUGGGUUGGCGUUUGUGGUCCUGGUGUCCCUUUUCACCUCCCAGACUGCCGGGGCCCUUGUGUCAGACACGGUCAGAAACCACACGGAAAAUGGCACUGUGACAGACGAUGGAUUUGUCCCAGUUGUGUUCACAAAAGUGAGUCAGAUAAUUGCCCGAGAGGGGAGCUGUGCGCUGAUUGAUUGCAAUGUCACCGGAGACCCGUUCCCCAGCGUUCAGUGGUUCAACUCCCAUGGAGACCGCCUGGACACGGAAACCAACGGUGGGAAAUGGUGGCUGCUGGAGAACGGUGUCCUCAACAUCACCAGCAUCGAGUUCGCAGACCGGGGGAAGUACACCUGCAUGGCGUCCAACGUCCACGGCACCUCCAACUGUACUGUGACGCUGCGUGUGGUCUUCACCAACGGGGACAUGGGCGUGUACUACAUGGUGGUCUGCCUGGUCACCUUCACCAUCAUCAUGGCUCUGAACGUCACACGCCUGUGCAUGAUGAGCAGCCACCUGAAGAAGACUGAGAAAGCCAUCAACGAGUUCUUCCGUACCGAGGGUGCCGAGAAGCUCCAGAAGGCCUUCGAGAUCGCCAAGCGGAUCCCCAUCAUCACCUCAGCCAAGACGCUGGAGCUGGCCAAGGUGACGCAGUUCAAGACCAUGGAGUUUGCGCGUUACAUCGAGGAGCUGGCGCGUAGCAUCCCGCUGCCGCCGCUCAUCAUGAACUGCCGCACCUUCAUGGAGGAGAUCCUGGAGGUGGUGGGGGUGGAGGAGAUGAGGCACACUUUUGUCAGACAAGCACCGGAGGGACGGCGUGAGGUGGCGGGCCAGGUGGCUGCCAUCGGAGCCAGAGACGUUUUCACCAUUCUGCAGGAGAGGGAGCGAGAGAGGGAGCGAAACCGGGACCGGGAGAGGGAGCGCAGCGACUCGCCCACAGCCGACUCAGACAACUCAUCUGUCCACGAGCAGCCGCAGCACAUCGCCAUCCAGGUGUCAGUCCACCCGCCGCUCGCCAUCGGAGGAUACUGUAACAUAGAAGCCCCAAACCAGCAGGAAGCCAUAACCUCCUCACCUCCACUACCGGCUCUGGCUCCUCUGAACCACGAGGAGCAAAGUGAACCCAAGGGGGAGCAGACGAUCGAACCCGCAGCCGCUGAACAACCGGCAGCCAAUAAGACCCCUCCUCCCUGCCAGGUGUUCUACGAGAGCCAUGUGUGAUGACGAACAGCCCAACCACCAGUCAACCUGCUAUGCAUUCUCACUUGAAGACGAAUAAACAACAGGUCCACUACACCUUUGUACUUCACAGUUUGACACUGAAUCAUUUUUUUCUGAACAGAACAGUCUCUUUAACGUGUUUUAGCCUCAGUGGAGAGUAAACCACACAGUCUUUUCACUUUGGGGUUUUCAUGCUUGAAUGUACACGGGAGGGGAAUCAGUACCACAGAGGGCUGCAGGAAUGACCCCUAUCCCUCCAAGGUCAAAUAGCAUUUGGAUCUUCAGGUUCCCUCCUCUGGAAGUCAGUGACAGUAGCAGUAAGGCUUCGUCCAGGAGUUGAUCCAGAAAGCAUCAGGUUUUAUUUGUUGACGUUUUCAACAGUAACAAUCAAGUUUUUGUUUGACAAUUCAGGCAGUUUUCUGCAUAAAUCUUUCUAAAGCAGCGACAGUGAAAAUUGGAUUUAUUGACCAGGUUCUGGAUGGAGGCUGAGAGGACAGAGGUAAGCAUGUGACCUCAUGCUCAGUUAGAAGCACAGUGGUAAAAACACUGAAAUCAUGUGACCACAGCCUAAAGCUGGUCCUUUAGCUUUGGUGAUAACAUUCCCACUUCAAAACAAAAGUGGUUUUCUUGGAGAACGUAAAUGUCAAAUAAGUUUUGUUCCUCAAAAAUCUAAAAACUGAUGGAAGAAAUGAGUCAAUUUGAACUUAAGUAACAGUAUUAGUGGUUAAAAACAGAAGUUGGCUGCAUGGAUGCAGAUGGGUUUUUUGUUUGUUAGUUUUCGUUUGAUUACGCUGACUCCAGACAUGCUAACUGCCAGUGUGCUGGUCAUCAGUAGACUAGUUGGAAAAUCCCUUUGGCUUCUUGUGGAGGGAAGUGGAGCGAUGCUAACUUCCAGGUUCGCCUUCAAACCCUGGUCAUCCCUGCAGCACUUUGUCUCUACACUAAUGUAAUAAUAAGCGAAGAAUUGUACAUGGACAUUUUGUGUCUUGAGGUUUUCAUAACUCAUACUCUUAUUUAAAAACUGAGGGUACCUCACUCUCAAGGGGCGAUAGUGUUCCAAUUUUUAGUUUCUUACAAGGUUUUUACUCAAGAAAAUCUGCCUCAAGCUGCUCUUCAUGCCAUUUUUGUGACCGUGAAAAGCUAAGCUUCCUUGGUUCACUCAAGAAUUUACAUCCAGCUACCGGCAGAGCUGAUGGGUCCGCUAUUAUUGUACCACCGCUCUGCUCACAAAGUGAUGUACGGACUGAAAAAUGGAAAAAAACAUUUAAGCUCGGUCACAGUUUCAUGAUUGUACAGCCUACUGCAUUUCUACUAAAAUAAGCCAGGUCAGCCUGUCUGUACAGUUCAGCUCUGAAUGGGUCUCACACACCUCGGCAUCGAGUUUCUGUCUUUUUCAGACUAUCAUUAUAUUAUUCCCCAUUUGUGCUGUGGUUUUGUUUCUUGUAGUUGAUGCUUUUUCCCCUUUGUUGUUUUUUUUUUUUUCCACUUCCUCUGUUGUACUGUUUUUUUAGUUUCUUCCUCAUCUGAUUCCAGUAUUGCUCUUGCAGAGGAUUUUGUCGUGCAGUUGUGUCGCCGCUGCAUGUCGAAGUGGACACUAGAGGGGUCGGACAUGUUUCUCUGGGACUAAAAGGACUGGUUUUCUCGUCUUACUUUGCUUGGCUGACGCUCCAGUCGGUGGCGUUUGCUCAGAUCCAAACUGGAUGCUGUUCUGCUUUCACUGGUGCUCUUGAGAUGCCUCUUUUGUAGUGGAAUAAAAUGGAAGUGCUGUGUAU